AUGGCGCCCUUAAAAAUCACAGUGACUGGCACAUCAUCUAUUUUCCGACACCCCGAACGCGGAAUAUUGACCAUCAACGUCUCAGCUCGCGGCUUUGCACAGGAAGUCGUGGGGAAAGAAGCCACCGAGACUUUCAAAGAGCUACAUCAGUUAUUCCGAGAUCUGUCGGCCAAAACAGAGGACGGUGAGGUGAAGCCUGAUGCUGCUGUCAUAAACUUCUCCGCUGGCCAUCUGCGUACCUGGACAAGAGACACCAAUGAAGAAAGGGGCCGGCAGAGGGAGCAUCGCGCCGAUAUGAAUAUUCAAGUCGUCUUCCGUGACUUCACCAAAAUGAGCGAGGUGGUCAGCAGUCUCGCUUGGCGUCCCAAUGUGGAAAUAUCGGGCAUCAAUUGGCGCUUGACUGAAGACACGGAAAAAGCAUUGGGCUCGGAGUCGCGAAAGGAGGCUAUUCGCGAUGCCAUUAACAAAGCUAGGGAUUACGCCGAGGUGGCUGGAGUUGAGGUCGUCCCCGUGGAUAUCCAGGAGAAGGCCACUCACUCGAUGAUAGCGACGAAGCGAGGACGGAGCAUGGACGGAGGCCUCACUUCGUCACUUGCGGGUGGUGCUACCGAUUAUGAGAGUCAAUCCCUGGAUCUGACGCCUCACCAAAUUCAGUUUACAAGCGCUGUAGUGGUGGAAUUUAUGGCGAAAUAA